AUUUUUUUCUUUUAGUCUUUCUUUGAAGUGAGGAAGCGGAGCAGCUUGCAGAGAGCAACAUUCAAAAUGUGGAGAUGCACUGUAUGGAGAGAGUGAGUUAGACACAGACGAUGGGGGAGGAGAAAUGAAGAAAGGAUAGAUUUAACACCUCUGCCUGUUUCCUUUUACUUCAUUUGUGUGUUUUGCUUUGCUCUAUCCAUUGCCUUGUGUGCUUUUCAGAUAAGUUACUGAUGGAUUGCAUUUUGCUGCUGGUGCUCGUGCCAGCUGUCCUCGUUGGCGGUCAAAGUUAUGAGACUUCCACUGGAUCCAAUUUAAAUGCUACUACUAAUGCUAUUACUCCUACACUGUCCACACCUACAUGUGAACCCAGAACCACCAAUAAGCCCACUCCUCCGCCAUUGCCACCUGCAUUGGGAAUGAUAAGCGUCCAAUGGAAGAAGCCCAACUCGUGCCAAGGCUACAUACACUUCUCCAUUAAUUUUACAUCAAGUUCAGAGCUUCUGUGUCACGGGGCUCUUAUAACGAAAAAUUUGGCUAUUAAGUUCUGUAAGGAGAGGAGAUGUGGAAAGUUUGAUAGCUUCAGAAAUAAAUCUGGCAAAGGUUACAUGAUCCAUGAAAACCUAACUGUGACCACUGAUCAUCAAUGCAACACAACCUUUCUUACUUGCCAAGAUGAAUACAACAAAGAACUGGUGGCCUACAAAGUCAUCACAGGCUUGUUACUUACACUGAUUCUUCUUGUCCUUUUCUGUCGAUUUGCACAACCGACAUACAUAGCUGUGCGCAAGAGAUUUUCACAGAAGCGCCAAAAUCGUUGGAUCGGCCCAACACAAAGUCAGAGUGUGUCCUACCACAGAGGGCAGGCCAGUCAUCCCAAUAACAAUACAAUGAAGAGGCAUUCCUAUCCUGGUUUGGAAAGACUUACGGUAAAUUCCAGCAGAGAGCCUUCGUCGAACAGGAACAGUGACUACGAGUCAUAUGGCGGUUAAACUUCUCUCGUACAGUGUAGGAGUUUGUGAAAAUACUUCUCUUGAAUGCGCUGAAUUUAUAUAAAGAUAACAAAUACACCCAGUCUGACAUCAAAUUUUGCCCAACUUCAAAUUAAUAUGUAUUCAAUCAGUUUUAGGGAAGCUUUUAAUUCAUUUAACCCACAUGCUCUGUCAGUAUUGAUUUUUUAAUGCGUAAAUUUGCUACUAAUUUAUAUUUUUAUAAAAAAAAGAAAAAUGACAACAAUUUCCACACAGAAUGCUAAAGAGUAUUGUUUAUUUAUUUUGUGGCUGUUUUUAAACCUGAGAUUGAUUUAUAAACCUAAAAUAUUUUUUCUUUAUCUGCUUGAACUCUGAACUGUUAUGAACUAAACUGUCUAUUAUAUUGUCUCUUGUUUUUUGUUUUCAUAUUGUAUACAUUGUAUCUAUUUUAAUUUUUAACUAAUGCAUUCUGCUGUAAAGAUAGAAUAUGUGAUGCGGUGUUA